AUGAAACGGCAUCUCUCCCGAAUGCCAGUUUUGAAUACGUCUUCUCACAGCGUGGUAUGUAUGAUAUUCCCGGAACACUUCACGGCAGUCCCAUGCGGGGAGGGAGGUGGGAUUUAUUCCCACUCGUGUAAUAUCAUACUCGCAAAGGACGACCCGCAUAGCAGAGGUAUGUUACGGCAAGGCAUGACCUGACCGGCGAAAUGGCCAACUCCAACCUUCUGGAAGGUCCCGGUAAUGCCCUACGGUAGAAUCCCAUCCCGCAGAGCGCGAGCGAUGCAGCGAUCGACUCGACCUAAGUUAACCUUUGAGUUACCACUACCUUAUCUCUACACCAACCCAGCGAGCGGAAACAACCACUUUUCACGGCGGCUAGGUUAAUUUGGUUUGGAUUUCUAAUCGGAUCAUCCCAGUACACCGUCCAAUCUCGCCCGCAUAACAAUAAUGGGGGCGGGGUAAAACGAAAUGUAAGCGGCAAAGGCUCAUUACAAAGACCCAUAUGGGCACGCACCUAGCUGGAGAUGUCAGCAUGCGGGGUGGUUAGAUAAGGUUGUACAUUAUGGUACCGAUCGAUAGCCACAUUAUGUACUUGUGUCCUGUUGGGGAGGGGUUUGGGGAGUUAGGCGGAUCGCAGAGGAAUGUGUUGGUUUACCAUGUGCUGUACAGUACAGUACAUGUACAGUACUAGUACUCGAGUAUAUCUGGGCUUGGCAGGGUACCGGCAAUGAGUGGUGCCGCACUGCCUAUCAUACCGUGUGAGACCGCAUGGGUAAGGUGCUGAAGGCAGAGAGUCCUUCCUUGCUGUUGCUAUCCGAAGAGGGGUCUGGAAAUAGAGGGCAGAAAGAGAGCUACGCUAUUUGGCCACAUGGCGAAAAAUUGUCAAGGCAAUUGGUUGUGUGAGGCCACCCGGUGUGAGUGCCUCGGAACGAGCACUUCUACAACUCAUCUGAAUAAUUAAUUGUCGAGAGGGUGAGGGUCACGUGUUCUAGAGCACUGUACCGGCACCAUCCUCGUGCAAAUCGUACCGG